AUGUGUGGUGCAACUUUUAGUGGGUGGAGUACUGAUGAUGAUGAUGAUGAUGAUAAAGAUGACGAGGGGAGGAAAAGGAGAGCAGAGGAAACACAAACAGUGUUCUGUCCACAGGUCACUCUCUCGGAGACAGAGAGGCGCACGACUCUCUUCGCAUCGGUCACCCUGCGCUGUGAUUACUCCACCUCUGCUUCGCUGCAGAAUGUGGUGGUCACUUGGAGAUACAAGUCCUUCUGCAAAGACCCGGUUCUGGACUACUACUCCACAGCGUACCAGUCGGCUCUUCAGUUGGGUCGAGACCCUGCUAAUGACUGCGUGGACUCACAGCGCACCGUCCGAACCGUGGCUCAGAAACUGGGAUCCAACGAGGCAGUGCUGGGAAACGAGUACAGAGACCGCAAAAUCUACAUCCAGAACAAGGCUGAUCUGGUCAUUCAGGACGUGAUGUGGUGGGAUAACGGCAUGUAUUUCUGCGCUGUGGAAGCACCUGGAGACACAGGAGGAGAUUCAGACCAAGAGAUGAAACUCAUCGUGUACCAUUGGCUGACGGUUCUCCUCAUCAUCCUCGGUGCGCUGAUGCUCGUCCUCCUCUUGUGUAUCUGCUGCUGUCAGUGCUGUCCGCAGAAGUGCUGCUGUUACGUGCGCUGCCCCUGCUGCCCAGACACCUGCUGCUGCCCCGCUAAACUGGUGAUGCAGCACAGGAUGAUGAAGGAGGCUCAGAAGGCCAUGACUCCGUGGCUGAACGGACAGCCCAUGUACGCCCCGAUGAGUAACCACAGCUCCUUGUACCAGAUGAACCCCAUGUACCCAGGCUCAGUAUCAGGCAAAGGUGGGAUGACGCCUGUGCCGCUGCCUCCUCCACACAUGGCAGCGAUGCCUCCUCCAAGUGUUUACGGUAACGGUGGCCCCCAGGGGCCGAAUCCGAUGCUGGACUAUCUGGAGAACCAGAUGCGUGGCAUGGACGUCUCCAGCCCGAUGCUCCAGCCACAGCCCUCCAUCCCACAGCAGCACCUUCCUCCUGCUCCCCAACACAUGCCCCAGCGCGUGCCCUUCUCCGCCGGGCCUCCCAGCAUGCUCUCUGCUCUGGACGACGGCCCCGCCUCCCGCAGGGCCCCGCCCGGCUCUCGAGGAGCCCGCUCCAGCGGCUCGUCCCGACACUAUCCUCGGCCGUCCGUCCAGCGCAGCUACAGUCAGGAGGACAUGCUGGACACUCGUAUCCGGCCCGGAGCGUACCCGCCCCGCUCUCACUCCAGAGACGACCUGCUGGCCGCGGAGCGCCGGGGCCCCAGACGAGACGAUUACCCCCCCGCGCCCCGCCGCGGCUCCUGGAGCUCAGCUAACGACGAGGACAGCAGACGCGGAGGCACUCGAGGACAUUAUCCUCCCAGCUACAGCGAGUACGAGCCGGGGAAGAAGCCUGGGAAGCGUCCUGAGCACUUCUCCGAUAAGAGUUCUCGGAGCGGUGCCAGUAUAGUCAUCUGAUGCGGAGCGCUGCACACACACUUCUGUGAGGUUUCUGUGUUCAUGUGCACAGAACAAAGCACAUUUAUUUUAUCAAACAUGUUUGAAGGAUGUUUCAUUGAACACUGAUCAUUGAUUUUCUUUUUUAUAUUUUGUGCAGAGCAGUUUAUAUUAAUGUGAAUAUGAAUAUCUUCUAGUAAUGACGUUACAGGAAGUUGUGUUUUAAUGAUAUAGUUUUUUUUAGGUUGCUUGGGUUUUAGGUUUAUCUGUGUAAAUAUAACUUCUUUUGUGUCAGUGUAUUUAUUACUAUAUUGAGUUUAUAGUAAUGCCACAGCAGAUGGAUAUAAAGCAAUAUAUCAGAAGAAAUGUGUAUGAGACUCUUGUUUGCAUUAAAUGCUAAUUAUCAGAUCUGUAAUAAGUUAUUUGUGCUUCUUACUCGUUAUGAAGGAACUGGCUGUGAACAUCAGUGCUUUCAGUCUGUGUCUAGAUAAACACAAGGAAUAACUUCUGCAGACAUCCGGUGUGUGUUUAGUUUUAUUGAUCAAACUCAGGUCAAGCUCUUCUUUACUCUUUCUGUAAAUAGAGUCUGUGUGUCUUUUACAGAACUGCUUACUGCAUCCAAGUUAAACAUCAGUCAUUCGUCAGCCUCAUGUCUAUAUAAACUCUGUCUCUGCUUGUGAACAGCCUCUGUAGUCUGUACUGAUGAUGGCAGGGUUUGUUUCUGUUGUGCACAUGUAAAGAACUGCCUGUUUAUUCAUGUUUAUGCAUGUCUUGUGUGUCUCCUGCAGACAGUUUUCCAUCUGCAUAAAUAAAUCCUGAGUUCUUCAUGUUC